AUGACCGCCUCCAUCCGCGGGGGAGUGCUGACGCUGCAGCUGCAGCUUUCGGAGAUUCACGAGCUGGCGGGGGCGGCUGACGGCGACAAUGCGGGGUACGCCAUCACACCCAUGGACCUCACUUCAGGGCAGCCGCUGGGUCCCAGUCUUCUUCUCAGUACAGUCAGCCUGCUCGCCGCCGCCGCCGCCAGCGCCGCUGCUGCCGCCGCUGAGCGCGCGGGGCCCCUGCUACGGGAGUCGCAGGAGCUGCCGCCGCCGCUACAGCAGCAGCAGCAGCAACGGCAGCAGCGUUAUCACGAUGCGGGUGGUGCGGCGAGUACGGCAGCGGCGGCAGCGGGGUCGGGUUCGUACUCUUCUCAGCGGGUUCAGCGGCGCUCGGACGAGGAGUCGCCGAUGGAGCCGUCUUCGGGGGGCAACCAGUUGCAGCUGACGCCGGUGCCGGAGGACGAUAAGGCCCUUGUGGAUACGCCCGCGGCGGCGCCGCUGCCGCUCCCGGCGCCGCAGAAUGGCGGCGUAGGGCAGCUGGAGGGUACGGCGAAUGGUGUUGUACAGCCGGACGACGGGAAGGGAGAGGCUCUGCGUCAGGCUGCCCGCCGGUCAGGACGUCUUGGCAGCGGCGGCGGCGGCGGCGACGGCGAUGUGAACAGUGUUGAUAGCGGCCGCGACGUGAGUGGCGGCGGCGGCGCCGCCCAUGGCCGAAGCGCGUGGGACGACACGGCGGCGCCGGCAAUGAUGUCCGCUGGAAAUGGUUGCGGCAGUAGCGGCAGCGUUGCCGCCGCGGCUGCUGCGGCGGCGGCAACGGCUCUGAAUGCCUAUCGGAACGGCAAUCCCGCGGCAGCGGCGGCUGCGCUGGCCGUAUUUCGCAAGUACCAAGCGCAGCAGCAACGACAGCGACAGGAUCGCUAUCUGGACACUAGGAUGGACGAGCUGGAUCCAGAUAAGGAUUUGUACGAGCAUGAACGGCAUCCGUCACAUGCCAAAGGACCCGGUGCACUAGCACGCUCCUUUGAUGGAGGCGGGUCCGUACGACAGGACAACUCGGACGGGCCUGAUACGACAGUUUUUUGCAAUAGCCGCCACUCUUUGGAUCUGGGGGCGCAUGGGGCCCCUAUCGGAAGGUACGAUGCUGUAAGAACUGCCGCGGGCCGAUAUGUGGAAGCGCCGUACGAUGAUCAUGAUGACGUGGACACCCUCGCAACUCGCGGCUUUGUACGGCGCCGCGCUUCCGAGGUCGGCCCCGAGCCUUCUUCCUGGAGCUGGGGGGGCCUUCAUGAGGGACACCGUGUAGCCGCAGUAGCCGCCUCGGCAGAGCCCCUACGUCAGCAGCAGCAGAUGUAUUCUCAGCGCCGGCUGUCCUCCACCUACCCAUAUAGGCAACCCCCGCCACAGUGUUGGUCGUACCGCCCCGUACAGUACGUUGAACCGCCGUACGAAGGCAGCGACAAUCCGUAUGGUCCUGCGGACGAGCAUUACGAGUAUGACAAGUUUCUCCCGCAGCCGACGCCGUCGGCGGACUUUCUGUUGGAAGGCGGUACACGGAAGCGACCCCGCGUGGCCUCCGCGCCAGCUGCCACUGCCGCGCCGGGUGGGACUGCUGCGGCCGCUGCGCCGUCGCCAAGGUCUGGUUCCGGCGGCGCGGCGGCGCUGCUGGACCUCAAUGCUAUGCACGUAGGGCCACGGUCACAGAACGGCCUGAGCGAGCGGACUACGGAGUAUGUGGUUCCCGAGGGUCCUCAUGCGGGAGUCGCGCGGCUCCGGCUCCCGCUGCCCGUUACGCAGCUCGCCGCCGCCGCCGGCCGCGCCGGCGUUGCUAAUGCAUCGGCGUACAUGAAGGCGGCCGCCGCCGCGGCGGCUGCCGCCUUGAAGAGCCAGAACAGGUACGGACCCGCCGCAGCGAUCGGGGCCGCUGCUGACGAAGGCAAGCUUGGCGCCGCAGCCGGCCGUACGGACGGCAGCGCCGCGUUUCCGUCUCGCCAUGGCACUGCCACGGGAGGUGACAUGCCGUCCGGUGGCGCGCAAAGAGCUGAACCGCUGGUUAGUCCCAGUGCCCGACGCACGGAUAGGAGCGCCGCAGCCGGCGACGGUGCAACUGCCGCCGCCGCCGCCGCCAGUGGCCAUGCGGCGCUGCACCAGCAGGCCCGGCAAAAGUUCAAGGCAGCGCCCGAGCGAGAGCGCGGUACAGACAUGACAAGGGCUGGCGCUGCCAUCGCCGCAGCGGCGAUGGCGGCGGUGGCAUCGGCGGGCCCGGGCCAGGUUGCUGGCGGCGGCGGCGAUGAUGACCGUGACUCGGAGAUGACAGAGUCUAUUGGCGUUGCCAUGUCAAGUCCAGGCUCCGCCGCCGCCGUCGCCGUCGCGGGGGGAAAUGGUGACGUUGACGGCCCUGUCGACGCGGCAGCACGCGAUGGCGGCGGCGGCGCUUGUGACGCCGCCGCCGCCGCCACUGGGGGCGCUGCUGCCUCAAGCCCACCGGCGGCGGCGGCACAGCAGCCGACGGCGCGUGGUACAGCGGACGCGCCCAAGGGCCCCACACCGAAGCUGAAGCCUGGACCGGUAGCGGCGCGUGCCAGGGGUGCCGUACGGUACCGUGGCGUACGGCAGCGUCCGUGGGGAAAGUUCGCUGCAGAAAUCCGCGACCCCGCCAAGGGCGGCCGGCUGUGGUUGGGCACCUUCGACACGGCAGAGGACGCCGCGCGCGCGUACGACGAAGCCGCAAGGUCCUUGCGCGGCGCUGGAGCUCGGGUGAACUUUCCCCUUCCCGCGGAGUGUGGGGAGGAGGGGGAGGAGGAGGGGGCGGCUGCCAACCGGGCGCUGAGCGAUGGGGAGGUUCAUGGGGAGGUCGUACAGGGCGGCGGCGCCGCUGCCGUCGCAGGACCGCGGGGUGGGGCUGGCACCCGAGGCGGCGCCGCGUCGGUCGCCAACGGCACGAGCGGGGAAGCAGCCGGGGGGGCCACCUGCUGGCGCCGUACAUCCCAAAACCGGCACGGUACGGACCCCUGGACGGGUUUCUCCGGUCUGGAGGCCAUUGUCGCGGCGGCGGCGGCCGUGGCGGAGGAGGAAGAGGCGGAAGCGCGCCGUGCGGCUGCUGCCGCGGCGGCGGCGGCGGCUGCGGUGGCUGAAAGCCGACAGCCGCCGCCUCAGCAUCAGGAGCACUCCCCUCUCCAGGGCGAGCGGCGGUUGGACGUUCCCCAACGGGGCCCAAUGUCCGUUGGGGCCGUGGUGGCGGCUGCUGCCCCACCGCAAAGGCUCGAGGCCGCGUGGCGUGAUCGUGGAGGAGAGUUCUCCCCCUUGGAUCUGGAUCUGGAUCAUCACGGCGAUGCUGAGGGCCCGGGGGCCCAGGAGCACGCAAGGCAACGGCACCACCCAGAGCUGCAGCAGAUUGAGAGCAGCGGCGGCGGCGGCAGUGGCGGCGGCCGCAACGGGGCCCAGCGGAGUCUCUGGAGUGGGGAGGACGCCGAUGCGAAGGUGGAUUCGGGGGAAGGAAGGGGAGAAGAAAGUGGCGGAGGGCCGGGUCAGGAGGGCCGGGUACGGCCUGUCGACUGCCCCUCUGACGGCGGUGGCCGUCUUGUCGUCGUCCCGAGGGGCGUCGGCAGGGCCCUAGGCCCUGCCCGGGUUCGAACCGAUGACCUGCUAACUGCAGCACAGGUUCUUCUAGAGACGGGGGGGGGCGGCCGUACGGCAUUUUUGCCCCUGGUCGCGCGGCUCAAGAGGGAGCCCAUGGAGUAUGGACAGCCGUACGCCGUUGUACGGCCUCCGACUGUAAGCCUAGAGGAGGAAGUGGAAGUGGGAGGUCAUGAUCUGGCGGCGGCUCGAAUGGUGGUUGCUCAGAAGAUGAACUGUCCUGAAUAUUCGGCAGAUGAGACGCAUGGGUCAGGUAAACAGCAGCAGCAUCCACAGCCAUGCACGCCGCGCGAGGGCGACGCGUUCCCCGAAACGGGUAUUGAUGAAUCAGUGGUGGAGGUGAUGGAGGAGGAGGAGGAACCCCCACAACGCCGCCAACGGGUCGAUCUAGCUGAGGAGGAGGUGGAGGCAGCCUGCGGGGAAUAUGUGGAUGCGCCGAUCUGUGCAUAG